AUGCCGCUAUCAACAUUGCUCCACAUUGAUCGUCUAACAGACCAGCCAGAAUUUGAUUCCAUCGCAGUUGAUCUUCAGGUUGAAACGCAAUUUGCUGAAUAUCAACAGAGAAAUCAGGAUCCAAUCAUUGGAAUAGAUUUUGAAGAAAACCUUUAUCCAGAUGUUACUUUUGGAUCAACUGUAACAAACCACAUGAUACCGGAUAUUAAUGCACAACUUACAUUCGAUUAUGAUCCAUCAACUUUGCCAGUUUCCACAAAAAAAUCGCGAAAGAAAUGUCAAGAUCGAAAAUCAACUGAAUUGGAAUAUAUAAAUCUAGAUGAAUGGUUUUUUAUAGAUGAAUCCAGUGGACAACUAUGUCGACCAAAAUUAUUACAUCAAUUUUUUCGACGAUUGCUGGAUAAUAAAGAUUAUGUUCAUAUUGCUGCGUAUGUUGACAAAAAGCAAGGCAUUUUUAAACUCUAUGAUGGAGAAGCUGUCGCCAAACUAUGGCAGAUUGUCAAGGGUCGCAAGUUCAAAUCAGUGAUGACUUACGAUUCAUUAGCUCGAGGCAUCCGUUCCUGCUAUAAGCAGAAAAGUUUUCUUAAAAAUCCUAAUCAUUUUACUUUUCAAUUUGGUCCAGCAUCAGGUUUUGGAACAUCAUGGUUACCUGGUUAA